CUUUAUUUUUUGCGGUUGUUUUUCCCUCUAUUCAAAUACCUGCACUGAGUGAACUAAUAAAGAUGGAUAAGAAAUCAUUUGAAACCGUGCUGGAUGAAAUUAGAAAGGCUGUAUUGACUGAGUACAAAUUAAAAGCUAUUGAAUAUGUCCAUGGAUACUUCUCUAGUGAACAGGUUGUUGAGUUACUGAGAUACUUCUCCUGGGCUGAACCACAGCUCAAGGCAAUAAAGGCUUUGCAACAUAAAAUAGUGGCAGUCCCGGCAUCAAAAAUGGUUAAUAUUCUCAACUGUUUCACAUUCAGUAAAGAUAAACUUAUUGCUCUUGAAAUCUUGGCAUCCAACAUUGUUGAUGCUCAGAAUUACCGCCUUAUUGAAGAUCUGUUCAGAAUUAAUAUGUCAGAGAAGAAAAGGUGUAGAAGAAUUCUUGAACAGGCUUCAAAAACAGGUUGUAAGGCUCCUCAUGCUAUGAUAUCAUCCUGUGGCAUGAUUCCUGGCAACCCUUAUCCCAAGGGCAAACCAAGCCGUAUAAAUGGGAUUUUUCCAGGAACCCCCAUCAAAAAGGAUACAGAAGAAUGUACUAGUGAAGGAAAAGGAAUAGCAGCCCGUAUACUUGGCCCAUCCAAACCAGCUCCAUCAACCUACAAUCCACACAAGCCUGUUCCAUACCCUAUCCCACCAUGUCGGCCACAUGCAACUAUCGCACCAAGUGCUUACAACAAUGCUGGCUUAGUUCCAAUGGCUAAUGUCAUAGCUCCAGGCUUACCAGCUCCUUCAACAUACACUACUAAUCAAGGGGUAUCAGAAAAUGAAGACCUUUCCAGCCAGGCAAAACCUUCCCAAAAUCAAGCUUUUUCUGCACAAACGAAUCAGCUCUUUACUCCUCAUGGUUCUAAUCCUUCAACACCUGCUGCUACUCCAGUCCCUACCCCAUCACCUGUCAAGGCAAUAAGCCAUCCAUUAGCACCUGCAACUCCACUCAUCUCUGGGAUGAACAUGUCUACCCCUGUCCUUCCUGUUUUCCCGGGACAGGUCUCCUCCUCCAUCCAUACAUCUCAGCCAUCCACGCCAACCCCUACAGUCAUCAAAUCCCUUUCAUUACCUGGUGUUCCUGUCACAUCUGUACACAGUGCAACCUCUACUCCCAUCCCUGCGGUUUUCUCUGGGCUGGCUUCUAUACCCUCUGCUACACCAGCUCCACAAGGCUCUUCCACACCGUGUGCUACACCUGCACCUAGUGAAGCUUUUGCAUCUGCUACUACACCAUUUGCUGGUCUCCCUUUUUCUGCAGCCUCUUCAGUUGCUUCAGCUAGUAAUCCCACUCCAUUGUCAUCAGUUUUUGCUGGACUUCCUCUGUCCUUGCCACCCAGUGUCCAAGGGAUUUCUAGUCCUGUUCCCUCAACAAUUGCUAAUUCUCCUGCCACCACCAUUCCUGGUUCACUUAGCCUGCCUAACCCUAUUUUGUCUGUCUUAAAGGGAUUUCUGACAUCAAAUGACACUUCAUUAAUCAAUUCAUCUGCUUUACCUUCUGCUAUGACAAGUGAACUUGCUUCUUUAUCUGCUCUUGCUAAUCAAAGCUCUGACCCUCCCACGUCCUCUGUCAAAUGUUAUACUCCAUCAGCCACCCCCACCUCACAGCGUUCCUCCACGCCCGGGCUGGCCAUUUUUCCAGGUCUUCCAUCCCCAUCUGUGACCAACUCUAGUUCCACUCCUCCAACAUUGCCUGCACAGUCACCUUUAACCACCUCACCAUCAGUUAUGCCAGUCAACUGUGGCUCAUCAGCCUCCCUCUUGCAUGGCACAAGCCCUACUAAUCCCGACCAGCAACUCUCAUCAACCCCAGUUGCCACAAGUAUCCCACAAGUCCUGAUCAAAACAGAACCCAUGAGUCCUACCCUCUCAGCCUUCAAAGGUCCUUCUCACUCAGCUGGUCCUUCUCAUGGCACUAUAGGGCUCUCAGCACUCGGGCGUGCGUACACCUCAGCAGCGUCAGUGCCAGUCAGUUUACCCAGCUCCCUGAACCCAGCACUAUCGGGUCUCUCCUCUUUGAGUGCUCCUCUAAACAACCCCAAUUCUCUGGCUUCCAUUUCCCUCGCCCCACAUGGCUCCACCACUCCCAUUGCCCCUGUGUUUAAUGGACUUCCUCCUUUCACAUCUCUAACCAGUAACUUUGCUUUUACUGGUAAUCCAGCACUUGCACCACCCGUCACUCUCCCAGGGUCUUUGUUAGCUACUCCAGCUACUACUGCUUCAGCUGUGUCUGCCCCUCAUGUGAAUUCCACAGCCGCCGUACUCUCAGGACUCGCCGCCUCAGCAACAGUCUCUGCUCCACCCUUCUCGCUUAACCUGUCCAGUGCCGUCCCUUCCCUUUUUUCUGUUGCCCAGGGACCUCUGGGAUCAUCAAACCCAUCCUUCCCUGGUUUUCCUGUCUCUAACACACCCUCUGUCACUCCUGCUCUCCCUUCUUUCCCUGGCCUCCAGGCAUCCUCUGCAGUAGCAGCAGUUGCACCGUUGCCGGCAGCUGCCACAGCCCCAUCUCCGGCUCCGGUCCUGCCAGGGUUUGCCUCGGCCUUUAGCUCAAACUUCAACUCUGCACUUGUUGCACAGGCUGGCUUGACUUCUGGACUGCAGACACCAGGAAAUGCAGUUUUUCCUGGUCUUUUAUCUCUCCCUGGUAUCCCUGGCUUUCCCCAAAGUGCCGCACAGUCUUCCUUACAGGAAUUGCAGCACAGUGCGGCCGCACAGUCAGCACUGCUACAGGAAUAAAGUCAGUGUUCUGCAUUGCAGCUUGAAGCCAACUCCUGUGACCCAACCAUGGAAUUUCUGAAGAGGAUUGUUUGUCCUGAGCUCUUUCAUACUUACUUGAGCACCAUGUUUAAAGAGCCAGGGAAAAGUCUGCUCCUGAGGCAAAUGAUGCCAGAUCAUACACUGAAAUUGUCUUUGGAAAGGACUGUUGCUGUGUGACUUGAGUCUGGACUAAUUACGGUUUGAUUGUUCAGUUGCUGAUUACUGCUGUAUUUCAGCUAUGCUGAGAGAAUACAAAGUCAGGUGCAGUGAAAUGUUAUUUAAAAUAAAAUCUUUAUUCACAACAACAAAGCGAACCUACUGGACAGUUUUUGCAAAUGCAGGUUUCACUGUUUCAAGUGCUCUAAUUGCAGUUGUACUAAAUAUGAGAUAAAGAGUAAUUGUUUUGUCAUCUUCUUCCUCUGACUUGCAGUGGAGUGAUGUGAGCUUGAUUGGGCCUGGAAUGAAACCACGAUAUGAGCAUUCUUACUUUUGUGUCAAUUGUCUGCUUCUCUUGGUUGAGAUGCAGAGAACCCAUUUGACUGAUUCUGUCUUAUAUUUAUUCAUGGUCUCAUGAAGUUGUGGUGUCAACACCUUCCUGUCAUCUCACCAUCUUCUGUAGGGAGCACGCUUUGCGGGGGAGUUGGACUCGAUGAUCUCUAGAGAUCCCUUCCAACCCCUACAAUUCUGUGAUUCUUCUGUUCUAGAAAGCUGAUACCAUUUUCACACAAAAGGAGGAAGAGCAAUAUGGUGAUGUUCCUGCAAGUAGCAAGAUGUUACUGGUAAUCUCCUCGGUGUCCUAAGGGAGAUGAAUGAGAAGCCCAGAGCAAAAGGCUAUUGUCUGUUCUGGGUGGUAGUGGGGAUAGAAUUCAGAAACAGGAAAGGAAUGCGAGGGAAGAUGGGCCUUAAAAGAUCAGAAAGAAGCAAACAGAAACUUAGAACUAUGUUAUAUGCAAAUCUCAUGUCCUGCAAAUGUCACAUCUACUCUAUGAUGGGAUAAGUAGAGCAAGUGGAAACCUUAGACUGUAAAGGACUAGUCACAUUUUGCAAACAUAGCGGUUGGUGCAGGGAAAUGUUGGAGAAUGGAAUGCUGGCAGGUAAGCCACAGAUCAUUUUGUCUGACCUAAGCCUUUGUGAUGAUCCAUAGACAUUAAAGGCUCUAACUGUAUCAGCACACGCUGCAGAAGUGCUGCACCACCCACCCACCAGAACCACGUUUACUUACUGCUGUGUCCACGUCAGUAAGCGGUUCUAAAGUGGCUUUGGACUUGAGCUGUUUUUCUUUGUGCUGCUGUACCAGGCUGGUCAGUAUUAGUGAACUUGCAGCUUGGAGGCUGCUUGAGUGCUCACGUGUUUUACAGGUGGAAACAUGAGGGAUAGUGGCUGUGUGUCUGCAUUCCCAGCAUAGCCCAAGGAGAAAUGACUUAAAAUUGCCCUACCUUUUAACUUCAAAUGUUUGAAACUUAGAGAGAGAAAGUGCAACUGAAGUUAACACAAAUAGUAAUACAGUAAUGUUCCUGUACAUCAAAUAAACACACCAUCUGCUUCUGUCACCCUCAGGAGUUGUAUUUACAGGCACCUUAGGGACUUCUCACUAAACAGCAGGGAGCAAUUAUUUCUGUUAGAUUUGAAUGUUUUGCCCUUGUGUCUCAUGGUAUGAGCAGCUAUGUAGGCUGUAGUAUUCAAAUGAUCUGCAAUAAUGAAGUUAUUUACCAUAAAAACAGUUACUUCAAAAUAAUAAUACGAGGGUAGUUCUGCAUGUUAGAUUUUCCUUUCUGAAAUAAUUAAGAGCACAUAUUUCUUUUACCUGCUGUCCUGUUAGUAGGCAUUUGUCAUAAUCAUCUCCAGUACCUGAAGAGGGCCUACAGAAAAGCUGGGGAAAGACUUUUUAUAAAGGCAUAUAGGGAUAGGACAAGAGGAAUUGGUUUUAAACUGGAAGGGGGUAGACUGCGACUACUAACCCUAACCCUGUAUUAGGAAGAAAUUCUUUACUAUGAGGGUGAUGAGACACUGCAAAAGGUUGCCUAGCGAUGUUGUGAAUGCUCCCACCUUGAAGAUGUUCGAGGCCAGGCUGGAUGGAGCUGUGAGCAACCUGGUCUAGUAGGAGAUGUCCCUGCCUAUAGCAGGGUGUUGGAACUAGAUGAUCUUAAAGUCCUUUCUAGCCCAAACCAUUGUAUGAUUCUAUGAGCAGGUUUCAUCUUGCAGCCAAGAGGUCAAAUCACUGGGGAAGUGCAACAGAUAACUUCAUACAGAUAUUGUGACUAUUGGAGAAUAGUGAGAUAAACACGUGAAUCACAAUUUUGCAAGCUGUGCUUAUAGUUUCCACUGUAACUUCAAACAUCCAUUCAGCAAGGGUAGGUUGAAGUCUUUGUGAAGCUGGAAUAGAAUUCUCUGGGGAGCAAUCAGUGCUGAAUAACCCAUCUGGGACCAUGUGGUUACUGGCAUAGAUGAAGGCUGGUAUGAAAUGAAGCUGGAACCAGAGCUUCCAAGAUGCUUGAGGUAAUGGAUGCCCAUAGAAAACAACCACAGAAUGAAUGUGGCUAUAUGUCAAAGUCAUACACUACAUAUGAAAAAAUAUGCCUUAUUUUCUUCUCAAAUAACUGUUUUGUGUCCUUUGAGAAGGCUGCUCUCUGCUGCUGCAGUCUUCCAAUAUGUCUUAGUCUAAAAUGCUUUGCUAAAAUUACUAUGGAAUCAUAGAAUUGUUAGAGUUGGAAGGAACCCUGAAAGGCCAUCUGGUCCAACUGCACUGCAGUGAACAGGGACACCUACAGCUCCAUCAGGUGCUCAGAGCCCCAUCCAGCCUGACCUUGGGUAUCUGAAGGGAUGGGGCAUCCACCACCUAUCAGGGCAACCUUGCUAGUGCCUCACCACUCUUACUGUAGAAACUCACUAUGUCCAGUCUAAAUCUUCCCUCUUUUAGUUUGAAACCAUUUCUGCUUGUCUCCGUUAUACUUUGUUUGAUUCCUGUAUUGAAGGGGAAGUUUUAGAAAUGAAAGAAAACAUAUUUGCGGAAAAAUAAUGUUAAAAGCCUUUGGAGCUGAUGUGUUCCUGCUGGAGUUUUUUAGUUAUCUGGCACAAGGGGGUUCUACCUACUGCGAUGUAAAGUAUCAAGAAAUGUCUGAAGAUAAAUUCCAUACAGCAUGGGCACUUUUCAUACUAAAAAGUGAGCAGCAGAAGAGCAGUACCCAAUUCAUACACACUAGGUUUCUUCUCUUACAGUUUUGUCUUUUUUUUAUUAUUAAAUCUGCGUUGAUAAAUAUUUCUGUG